AUGUUCUCAGUGGCUGCUGCUGGAGUUGACCUCUAUGAGGUCCUCGAGAUCCAUCAGAGCUCAACCAAAGAUGACAUCCGCAAGGCAUACCGCAAGGCAAGACGAAUCCCGAACGCGGCCUUGACCAACCACCCCGACAAAGUCCCCGAAGCCGAGCGCGAGGAAGCCUCGAUCAGGUUCAAGGCUGUGCAGGAGGCCUACGAUAUUCUCUACGAUGAUGACAAGCGACACCUCUACGACACACACGGCAUGUCUGCCUUUAACGGCUCAGGUGAGCCUGGCAUGGCAGGACAGCCUGAUCUGGACGACUUGCUGGCACAAAUGUUCGGUGGUAUGGGCGGCAUGGGCGGCAUGCCUGGUAUGGGAGGAAUGGGAGGGAUGCCCGGAGGUGGUCGCCCAAACAAACCGCGCAAGAGCCCCAGCGAAGAGCAAGAUUAUGAAGUCAGCCUGGAGGAUCUGUACAAGGGCAAGACUGUUAGGUUUUCCAGCGUCAAGAACGUCAUUUGCGGACAUUGCAAGGGCAAGGGUGGCAAGGAAAAGGCCACUGCCAAAAAGUGCUCGACUUGCGAUGGUCAUGGCCACAAGGAGGUCUUGCAGCGCAUGGGCCAAUUCGUGACCCAGCAGACGGUUGUCUGCACCACAUGUAACGGAGAAGGCUCAUACUACGCCCCGAAGGAUAAGUGUAAGAAGUGCAAGGGCACGAGAACGACCGAGGCGAAGAAGAUCCUGGAGAUUUACAUCCCCCGAGGCGCGAGGGAAGGAGACAAAAUUGUGUUGGAAGGCGAGGCCGACCAGGUGCCCGAUCAAGAGCCCGGCGACAUUAUUUUCAAAAUCAUUGAGGAAGAGCACCCUGUGUUCACACGCGCCGGCUCGGAUCUCCGCGCAACUAUUGAUAUCACUCUUGCUGAAUCCUUGACCGGAUUCUCCCGCGUUGUGAUCAAGCACCUUGAUGGCCGUGGCAUUGAGCUUAACCACCCCCUCACUGCCGGCGGUAUUCUCUCUCCCGGACAGGUCCUCAAAGUCCCCGGAGAGGGAAUGCCGAUGAAGCGCACCGAUGCCCGUGGCGACCUGUACUUGGUUGUCGACGUUAAGUUCCCCGAUAACAAGUGGAAGCCCACCCCAGAGAUGAUGGAGAAGCUCAAGGAACUUCUCCCCAAACCUAGUGCCCCUAUCACGGCCGAUACCGUGGACGAAGUCGAAUAUGACCCCAAGGGCCGGAUGGAAGAAUUCGGUGCGCAGGAUGGCCAUGACGCAUCGGGAUGGGAAGACGAGGAAGACGACGAGGAACCGGCACAGUGCGCAGCUCAGUAG